AUGGCUACAACUCUUGAAGAUAAGUCUAUUUGGGAAGAUGGCGAAGAAGCACUUAGCGAAGAAGUUCUGCGUAUGCCAACUGAUGAGAUUAUCAGCCGGACUCGACUUCUUGACAAUGAAAUUAAAAUUAUGAAGAGUGAAGUUAUGAGAAUCUCCCAUGAGCUUCAAGCACAAAACGAUAAAAUCAAGGAAAACACUGAGAAAAUAAAAGUCAAUAAAACUUUACCAUACCUUGUGUCAAAUGUUAUCGAGUUGCUAGAUGUAGAUCCUCAAGAAGAAGAAGAAGACGGCGCCGUAGUUGACUUAGAUUCUCAAAGAAAGGGAAAAUGCGCUGUCAUUAAAACUUCUACCCGACAGACAUAUUUUUUACCAGUUAUUGGAUUGGUAGAUGCUGAAAAAUUAAAGCCUGGUGAUCUGGUUGGUGUCAAUAAGGAUUCAUAUUUAAUUUUGGAGACAUUACCUGCUGAGUAUGAUGCUAGGGUCAAGGCUAUGGAAGUUGAUGAAAGGCCAACGGAACAGUAUUCUGAUAUUGGUGGAUUAGAUAAACAGAUUCAGGAACUCAUUGAAGCAGUAGUAUUGCCAAUGACACAUAAGGAGAAAUUUGUUAACCUUGGUAUACAUCCUCCUAAGGGAGUACUUCUCUAUGGACCUCCUGGAACAGGCAAGACAUUACUGGCCAGGGCUUGUGCUGCCCAAACCAAGUCUACAUUCUUAAAGCUGGCUGGACCACAACUAGUUCAGAUGUUUAUUGGUGAUGGUGCCAAACUUGUUCGUGACGCGUUUGCCCUAGCUAAAGAGAAGGCACCUGCUAUUAUCUUUAUUGAUGAGUUGGAUGCUAUUGGUACGAAGCGUUUUGACUCAGAAAAAGCUGGUGACCGUGAGGUACAGCGUACUAUGUUGGAACUGCUAAACCAGCUUGAUGGAUUCAGUUCAACAGCAGAUAUAAAGGUCAUUGCAGCUACCAACAGAGUGGACAUCUUGGAUCCUGCUCUCUUGAGAUCUGGCCGUCUAGACAGAAAGAUUGAGUUUCCACAUCCCAAUGAAGAAGCUAGAGCAAGAAUUAUGCAAAUUCAUUCAAGAAAAAUGAAUGUGUCACCCGAUGUUAACUUUGAAGAGCUUUCACGAUCUACUGACGAUUUUAAUGGUGCCCAAUGUAAGGCUGUUUGUGUUGAAGCGGGUAUGAUAGCAUUGCGCAGGUCUGCUACGGCAGUCACUCAUGAAGAUUUCAUGGAUGCCAUACUAGAAGUGCAAGCCAAGAAAAAAGCUAAUCUCAGUUAUUAUGCU